ACCCUUGCUGCUCUAUGCCGUGCCAAAACAUGGGCGUGUGCAUGAGAGAAGGCGACUCCUACACCUGUGACUGCACCCGGACCGGAUACUACGGACAGAACUGCGACAUACCGGAGUUCUGGACUGCCGUGAAAGUCGCGCUGAAGCCCAGUAAGAAGACGACUCACCACCUGCUGACCAACUACAAGUGGCUCUGGGACGUCAUCAACAAGGUUCCCUUCCUCAGCAACUUCAUCAUGAGGGCCGUUUACAAAAUCCGGUCCUCCACAGUCGACAGCCCUCCCCUGUACCACACAGGGCACGACUACACCAGCUGGGACACCUACGCGGACCGUUCCUACUACACCCGGGCGCUGCCCCCCGUCCCCCCGGGCUGCCCCACCCCCAUGGGCACCGCCGGACGGAAGGACCUCCCCUCCCCCGAGUACAUCGCGCAGACCUUCCUGGCGCGGAGAGAGUUCAUCCCCGACAAGCGCAGAACAAACGUCCUCUUCAACUUCAUGGCGCAGCACUUUACUCACCAGUUCUUCAAGACGGAUUUCAAGAAGGGAGCGGGACGCACAUGGGGCGACCACGGGGUUGACCUGAGCCAUAUUUACGGAGAGAACGUGGAGCGGCAGCACCAGCUCCGGUCUUUCACCGACGGGAAGCUGAAGUUCCAGCGGGUUGGCGGCGAGGUGUACCCGCCUAGUCUGGCCGACGCACCGGUACACAUGAUCUACCCGCCAUACGUGCCCGAGCAGAAACGGUUCGCGAUCGGGCACGAGUUUUUCGGGCUGCUGCCGGGUCUGUUCGUGUUCUCCACCGUCUGGCUUCGCGAGCACAACCGCGUGUGUGACGUCAUGAAGGAGCUGCACCCCGACUGGGACGACGAGAGGCUCUUCCAGACCGCCAGGCUCAUUCUUACCGGUCAGACCAUCAACAUCAUCAUUAACGAGUACGUUCAGCACCUGAGCGGCUACAACUUUGACCUGUUCUGGGACCCCGAGCUGCUGUUUAAGGACCAGUUUCAGUACCAGAACCGCAUCUUUGUGGAGUUCAACCACCUGUACCACUGGCACCCGCUCAUGCCUGACCAGUUCCACAUCAACGGCUCCACCUACGGCAUGAAGGACUACCUCUUCAACACGGACCUGGUGUUCAGGCACGGAUUCGGCACCACAGUGGACGCCAUGUCCAGGCAGAUCGCCGGACAGAUCGGCCCAAAGAACAUCGGACCUGUCAAUCUGAAGGUUGCCGUGGAAACCAUCAAGCACGAGCGGAACUUACGUAUGCAGGGGCUGAACCAGUACCGGAAGCGCUUCGGCAUCCCGCCCUACAAAACCUUCCUGGAACUCACAGGUGGAGACGCGGAGAUGGCUGCCCAGCUGGAGGAAGCGUACGGCGAUAUAGACGCGGUGGAGCUGUACGUGGGGCUGAUGGUGGAGCAGCCUGCUCCCGGCAGCGUCACCAGCGAGACCAUCAUCGAGAUGGGCGGGCCGUUCUCCGUCAAGGGGCUGCUGUCCAACCCGCUGUGCAGCCCGCAGUGGUGGCGGCCCAGCACGUUCGGCGGGGAGGCGGGCUUCCGCAUGGUGAAGAGCGCCACGCUGAAGGACCUGUUCUGCCGGAACAUGGCGGGUCCGUGCGGGAUCGUCUCCUUCGCGGUGCCGGAGGACGUCCAGCCAACCGGCCUGCCGCAGGAGGAAGGCGCCAAGGCUCCUCAGGACAAGGAGGCUACUAACAACGACGCUGACCUGGUACCUGUCAACGGCGUCUUGGCGAACCAAGACAAACAUCCUUCCAAGGAGGAAGACGCCACAGCUCCUCAAGACCAGAAAACGUCUCAGAGCGACGCUGACCUCGUACCUGUCAACAGCGUCUUGUCAAACCAAGACACACACCUGUCUGAAGAAACCGCCCGCGAGAAACCGGCAGCAAAAAACGAGGAGGCGUCAAAAAACGGUGUCUCCGAGAAGAAAGAAGUCCAGUCCGGUUCUUCAAAAAACGGCGCUUCGUCAAAAAACGGCUCGCCAAAAAACGGGGCGGCGCCAAAAAACGGCCUGCCGACGGCGUUUCCAAAAAACGGGGCAGCGCCGAGGACUCACGCCAACAGGACGAGUUGUAAACAAUGCGACAGAGUCGAGUUAUGACCACGACUUGUGAUUAGGCAGAAAUAAUCUCAUCCCUCCCCAAUCAGUUUUCCCUCCAAACUCUCAGGCUUUACAGACCAUCUGAAAUGUGCAUUUUUUGGUGGUCGCUGUUCAGAGAUGAAAUGUAUGAUAUUUAUUGUUCUUAAAUUAUUGAAUAGCCAUAAUAAUCAUGUGUUACUACGACUGUUCAUAAAAUCUAUUUAUUUUGUUAAGGACUUGAUGUCCUUGUAAUGGUACGAACGACGUGUAGUCAGACUGAACUGUGCAGAAGUUAGGAUAGACUCAACCUGAAGAUUCUGGUCUCAGACCGGAGUUCUGGAACAGACUGUGAGAGACCUUAGUAUUAGGUAACCCCGCAGGCAAGCUGAAUUUUAUGGAUGACAUCUACAUUUUUAAUGAUUUUUGUAAAAAAAAAACUGUUUCACUUUUCGAUUCGAGUGAAAUCAAGACGUUUCUG